AUGGCGGCGACGGCGGAGAGCCGCAGCUACGGCCGCUCCAUGGCGAAGGCAAUGGCCCAUUUCAAGGAUAGCAACUUCUCUGGCUUCUGCGAAGCGCUGGCCGUCGGCUCGCUGCAGGAUGCCAGCAUCUCUGUGACGCUCGCACAGCCCGAGGAGCCGGACUGCCCACUCGUCGGCGUCAGCAAGGUUGCAUCUGCAUCAUUUGCAAUCCACAGACCCUGGGGAGUGGGAGACCUGCAGAGCGGGCCACGAGUCGCUGCGGGCGAGAGGCUCGAGCGGCUGCGCCUGCGGGCCGCGCUGUCUCGCGGCCUUAGCCGGAGGGCGCCGAAGGCUCCUCGCGGCGCGGCGUCUGCGGCGUCCUUCGCGGGGCUCCUGCAGAACCGCCGGAAGAACGGCGAGGCCUUCCUGAACUACCUCUGCAUCAAGACGCUCCGAGUCGGCUCCCUCUUCUACUUCUUGGGAUUCCAGGUGGACAUGACGCACCGGAGUGACAGUGAGCACGUACAGAAUCUGGUUCAGCUCGAGAUGGAUGCUAUUGUCUCCACGAUCUUGUAUGCUCAAGAGGAUGUUCUGUCCCGCUUGCAGGUGGUCGAGGACUUCGAUCAGAAAGCUUGGUUGCUCCGGAAGGAGUACGACCAUGCGAAUUUUGCUUCGCUCGAGCAUGACCAACGAAUGCUCACCAAGAACACCUUCCUCGAGGUCCAGGCGGACGAAGACGAGAGGCCACUCCGGCGAUCUGUAUCAGACUCGAUCUUUGAGGAAGGUUCCAACACUUCCGAAGAGGCCUUCACCAAGACGCUGAAGAUCCUGAAGGACCAAGCGGAUUGGCUUCACGAGAAGGCCACUGUGAAGGACGAGCCGCAGUUGGAGGAGAAGACGGAGAACACAAAAUUGCCCAGUGUGGGCAGCCAGUUCCAUCCCGAUCGAUGCACGCCGUGCUCCUUCCACUGCUAUUCUCUGCGUGGGUGCCUGCAUGGAGAGGCUUGCGAAUUCUGUCACCUCGAACAUCUUCGUCGGCCCAAGCCGAAGAAGCGAGGCAGGAAGAAGCCCGAGGAGGUGUCUGCUGGAGGCUCGGAAGGUCGCGAAGUGAUAACUCAGCUGAGGCUCGAUCUAGUGCUUUGCAUUCGUCGGCCCGUGUCCUCAAUGCCGGUGGUAGAAGAUGGCGCAGAUGGCGCCUCUCGGACUCAAAGUGUCCAGGACCAGGUCCAGGGGGCCAUGGCCGUGAUGCAGGACAACAUGCGGGCAAUGGCCGAGAGGGACUCGCAGCUGAAUCAGCUGGAGGCAAGGACCAAUGACUUGCAAGGGGCUUCGAAAGCCUUCAGCUCUGGAGCGAAGCGCCUUCAGCGGCACUACCAGUGGCAAAGGUACAAGUUCUACUUUGCGAUCGGGGCCGUCGUGGUGCUGGUGGUGGCGCUCAUCUUGUUGCCCUCCCAGUACAAAGUGCCCUUCUUUGCCGUGUCGGCGGUGCUCCUGGGGGCCUUGGCCCUGAUCCAAGCCGCCUUGGGUUCCACGCGGGAGCCGCCGGAGCCCGAGGACGCACAGGUGGAGCUUGGCGAGUCGCUGACCCGCGAUGGCCGCGAUGGCAUGGACCAACAAGCACGCUAUCCCCAGCUGCCGCUAUGGAGUGAAGAAGCCUUGCAGGCAGUGAUGCAAGCCUGGGCACCGCGAGCGCCCCAAAGGCCCUGCAUCGGGCCUCAAGGGCACUGCCCUCCUGGGCACAUCCCCAUCACGGCCGGCUUGAAGCAAGGGAUGCCUCGAAUUCCUGUCGUGCCUGCGCCUGCCGCAUGGGCUGGAGGUGCGCUGCGCUCGCAGAUGGCGCAGCUUCCUGGCAAAAGCGGCGGCGCUGGGUGUUGGGCCAGCGUGCCCAUUCUGCGGCAACGUCUAUGCACAGGACGCUCGGUUCUGCCGCAAAUGCGGUCAGCCCAGAGCAGAGGUGAAGCCUUCCGUGCCUCCAGUGCCUGGCUUUCUGGCCUCCAGCUGUGGCCAAGGCUUCCAAGCUGGGCAAAGGGAGGCGCCUUCGCCUUCGUCUGCGUCUUGCAGAGUGGGGACGUGUGCGACGGGAGUGGGGGAGAGGCCCGCGGCCUCUCCUUCACGCCCUCGCCGGCGUCCGCUCCAGCCCUGGUGUUUCAGCAGGAGCAGGUGGUGAGGGAGGCGUCUGCACCCGCACCGCAGGCCAGCGCUUGUCCCUUUUUGGGGGCCAUGCUCCCCCUGCCAGCAGUGCCCCAGGUGAAGGAAAUCGUGGAGGUCGCCUCGACUGCAGCCACCACGCAGCCCGAGGAUUCAAUGAAGCAGUUUCAAGUGGUGAUACGCGAGAAGCCUGUGUCACAGCAAGUCGAGAAAGUCGUGGAGGUUCCUCAUGUCUCGGUCUCUGACAGCACCAUUGAGGUGCCUGUCUCGCUGGUCCAAGAGAAAGUGGUGGAGGUCCCCGAAGUGCAGUACGUGGAGCUCCUGAAGCAGGUGCCGAAGGUGCAAUACCAAGAAAGGCUCCUGCAGGUGGAGAAGUUGGUGGCCGAGGGGAGGACUCUGGAGGUGGAGGUUCCUGUGGAAGUCCAACAGGAGCGGCUGGUGGAGGUGAGCCAGGCUCAGCCGCUGGAGAUCUGCCGCGAGGUGGCGAAGGUGCAAAGACAGUCUCUUGCCAAGCAUUUCGCAAAGCCCGUGGUGCAGUGGAAGGAAAGCCUGCGUGAGGUCCCGCAGACCACCAUCCGGGAGCAGAUCCAGGAGGUGCCAACAGCCAGGAUCGUGGAGCUUCUGCGCGAGGUCCCAAAGCCGGAGAUUCAGAAGGUGGAGAAGCCAGUCGAAGUUCCAUCCAUCCAGCUGACCGAAAGGAUCGUGGAAGUCCCAAGCGUGGAGCUCCGAGAGACGGCCAGCGAGGUCGCGGCGCGUGUGGAAGUGCGGGAAGUGGUGAGGCAGGUUCCCAAAGUCGAGGUGCAGUUCGUCGAGAAGAAGAUCCCCAAGCCCGUCAUUCAAUAUGUGGAGAAGACGGUUGAAGUACCGCACGUGGUGUACGAAGAGCGGAUCGUGGAGGUCCCUGAGAUCGAAGUGAAGGAGCUCAUUCGGCAGGUGCCCGUGCCCGUGAUCCAGUACGUGGAGAAGCGGGUGCCGAAGUGUUCCGUGCGGCUUUUGGAGAAGCUCCAAGAGGUGCCCCAAGCCUUUCAGGAGGAGCGAGCCGUCGAAGUCCAACAGGCAGUUGGAGUUGAUCUGGAGGUGCAUGUGCCGAAGGUCAGCUACACGGAAGUUGAGAAAGAGGUUGCGGCGGUGACGCUCCAGCCACGCGAGAAGGUUGUGGAGGUGCCCGUGAUUCUCAGGGAAGAGCGUUUGGUGGAGGUCCCAAAGGUGCAAGCCGUCCCAGUGGUCACGCAGCAUCUGCGCCCAGCUGUGGAGUUCGUUGAGAAGCCCGUGGCCGUCGCGGAGAUCUCCUUGGAGGAGCGGCAGGUGCAGGCGAAGCCCACGGUGCUGAUCGAGGAGGAGCUUCUGGAGAUCCCGCAGCAGCAGCUCGUGGAGGUGACGCGCCAGGAGCUGCAGCCCGUGCUGGAGGAGGUGGUGAAAGAGGUGCCGAAGUACCGGGUGGAGUACUUGGAGAAAGUGGUCGAAGUGCAGAGCCAAGUCCUCCCACAGGACGGAGAUGGAGCGGCGGAAGCAGCUGCAAGCAAGGCCACCGCAUCCUUCGAGCGAUGCCAACUCUGCCGGCAUCACCAUGAAGCAGUUACUGAAAAUCCAACCCAGUCGACCAAUCCAACCCAGUCAAGCACCACUGCGGACAUGCUCCUGCAUCCUUAA